GUCACAGGGCUGCGCCGCGCUCGGCGUUUGUUGUGAUUCGACUAAAGACAGAUUAUGGUUUUAAAGCGUUUAAAUCAAUGCAGUCCGUUUAAACCGUUUUAUAAAAUGGCUGUCAAAUGGCUUCGUUGUUAUUGAAUGUGACAUUGUAAUACUUUAUCUGUCGUUAAAGCUUGUUAUUUUGUGUGAGUACAGGAAAAGAUGCGUCAGUUAAUACACUAAUCCAGAGACUCAGUGUGCAGUAUUUAUUAUUACUCUCAUCUCAAACACACAGAGAUCCACGUGACAGAGUUAUGAAGAUGGCGUGUAUUAAAGAGGAGAGUGAAGACAUCAGGAUUGAAGAAGUGUUCAGUCUGAAACAAGAAGAGACUGAGGAAGAUAUCGGCCCGAUGGCGCUGAUAGAGGAGAGUAAAGAUCGGUAUAAAAAUCAUGAAUUCAGUACUGAAGAAAAUUCUGUUAGUUCACAGACUGAAGAGACUUCCUCACAAAAAAAACCUAAAAGGACCCGGAUUAGAAAACGUGUCAUCUGCUCAGAGUGUGGAAAGUGGAUCAGCAACCAAAGAAACCUCACCGUCCACAUGAGGACUCACACUGGAGAGAAGCCUUUCACCUGUCCUCAGUGUGGAAGCCGGUUCAGUCAACAGGGAAGCUUUGACAGACACAUGAGAGUUCACAGCGGAGAGAAGCCUUACAGCUGUCAACUGUGUGGAAAGAGCUUCACAGCACAGAUAAACCUUGACUAUCACAUGAACAGUCACACCGGUGAAAAGCCGUUUUCAUGUGAUCAGUGUGGAAAGCGCUUCAGACACAAAGCAACCGUUAGAAAUCACAAGAAGAUUCAUUCGAGACAGGAGUGUUUUAUAUGUGGUCAGUGUGGAUUGAGUUUCACAGACGCAAACCACCUGAAGAAUCACGUAACAACUCACUCCGGAGAGAAGCCUAACAUGUGCGAUCACUGUGGAAAGUGUUUCGUAAACAAGAGGACUCUUAAGGUCCACAUGAUAAUUCACACAGGAGAGAGGCCUUUCGCCUGCCUUGAGUGUGGACAGAGUUUCAAACUGAAAACCUCCCUUCAGACUCACAUGAGCGUUCACAGUGAAGAAAGGCCUUUCACCUGCCCAAUGUGUGGAAAGAGAUGCAAGCUGAAGGGAAACCUUAGGCUUCACAUGAGAAUUCACACUGGAGAGAGAUCUUAAAUGUGUUUUACAUUUCAGAAAGACCUGCACCCACAUUCACAAAUUCAUUCUGUGACAUUACCAUGAUCCUCAGUUUGACAAGGUUUCCAAACAGUCCGGGGGGACAAAUCAACAAAAGUAUUUAGAGCUGCAUCCAUGUUUCCUCUUCUUCAUUUUUCACAUUUGACUGCCACCAUCUAGUUCAUGCACAAAACGUAGACUAAAAUAGGUAAACGUCACUAUAUUAGUAAUUGUGUGGGCCAGGUGGGGCCCCAGUGGGCAAACUCUCACAAACUCUCUACUGAUUGGCUCCUGCAGGCUAAAAACUGGUCUGUCCUGAUCCACCCUCCUUUGACUCUCAUUUCAUGUAUCCUUCAACCCUAGACGGGGUGUAACAUGGACAUUCUGUGGGCCAAAUCUGUGGGAUGUGGGCAGAUUUUGGGCUGACUGUGGGUCUUUUUCUGGGCCAUUGUUUAGUCUUUUAGUAAAUGCAGAAUACUACUUAUUACUGUGCAUGUACUGAAUAGUUGCACUUCGUAAUUAAUCAUAAACUCAGUUAUAGAAAGGGUAAAGUAGAUUUUUCAAAAUGCUCUUAAGAUCCUAUAAACUACAACUGGGUGAUCUGAACCUGUGUCUUCUUAAUGUAGUAACUCACCCAAUUCAUGCUUCAGAACAUAGUUAUUGUGUCAGUGACUUGGCCCGUGCCACCAAAAACACCACGCUAGUCAAAAUAUGUAGAUUUUUGUUCACCAUGUAAAUAUUUCUUAUCUGCAAAUACAAUUUUAGUUAAUUUAGUGUUAAAUGAAAUUUAACUUCAUAUUUAUUAAAUGCAGUUUUUCCUACUUUUUUUUUUGAUAGACUAUGAUGCAAAAAUGAGACUUCAAUCCUGGUCAGACGGUGUGGAGUUUUUCAGUAUGCAAAUUUAUUCAAAGAAAAUAGGAAGUAUGACAACAACUCAUUUCUUACAAACAGAUUAUUAAGUAUUAAAAUCAAUUUCAAAUAUAGAAAAUGCAAAUCCAAAAUUAAUAUAGUUUUAAAAGCAAUCCAUAUAUAGUGGAUUUUACUCAUUUAAUAUUAAUGCAAUACUCUUGAUUACAAUAUGCAAAAGCAAUUCAGAAUAUUAGUAUAGUAAUACAAAGUAUAUAACAAGCAUAUAAAAUACCUGCAUUUCAAUAAAGACAAUGUAUCUGAUAUGAAUAAAAACCUGUAAGAUGAUCAAAGAGUUCGAGUGAGCCCCGGAAUAUGGGAAGGAAAAGGUGAGAAAAGACUGAGUCCAACUAGAAGGGUCUAGUCUGAACUCAGGCUGAGCUGAGCAAAGAGGGGUGAAUUGCCUCCUCUUAUAGUCCUGCAAGCUGUAUCAAACUAAUGCCACCUCUCUGCGGUCAUGUCUCGGACAGAUAUCAAAACAUUAGUCAUCUUUUCUCCGAAAAUACAUUAUCAGCUCUUGCAGCCCAAUUUCGGUUCCCCAUUUCUGAAGGUCAGCAGAUUAUUGUUGUUCAAAGUCCUACCUCAGAAGGCUAUUAAGUACCCGCAGGAGCCAAAAUAACUCCAGACGUGAUUAGAUAUGAUCGUCUCUUAAUCGUGUGGUUAGAAGUAUAAACAUUGUGGAAAUCUACAUCGUUAAUUUUCUUAUUUCAAUAUUAGCAUAGAGGCCUUCUAAGUCUAACAUUCAGCUGAGCUCUGCAGAACAGGAAAUUUAGCUGAGACCUUCAGAACAGGCUGUCUUUGUACUUUUAAGCACGUAACACGUGUACCCAUAACAGAUGUACCCAUAACAGAAGAAGUCAAAAUUUGGGUUACACCAGUCCCCCACUCGAGUCUUGACAAAAAGACUCGCAACCAAAAUCCUUUCCCUUAAAAAUAAAAUACAUAACAUUCAAAAGAAACAAAUACAUAUGCAGAAAAAUAAGUAAGUACAACAUUUCAGAUAAGCACUUAAUCGUGUAAGCAUAAAGGAAAUAUAAAAAGUGAAUAAAUCUUUUCAGAUAGACUGUAGAUACCUCUUUAACCCCAGCCACGUUAAAGUUGACAGGAAUUCUUCACCAAGCUGAUCAGAC